GUAAAUGGUACCCUAAUUAUAUUCAUUCGAUAGAAGAAAGUGAUAUGCAAAAACGGUUAAAAUUCAUUAAAGUUAUGGUGGGCAACAAGGCAAUUAAGGAUUACAAUCCUCUGAUGAUUGCGAAUAUUAUUAGGAAAGAAGUUUCUAAACUGUGUGAAGACUCUGGCAUAGAAUAUUUGAAAAUUAAGAAGGUCACUAAUAUCAAGCAGAAGCUUGUUGGUCUGAUAAAUUCACAUCUUGUUAGAGAUGCAGAUUUAAAAUCUGAUAUUUUAAUUACAAUCGAAUUUUUAGUAAAAAAUAAUUACCAAACUGAGUCUUUUCAAAAGCAAGAAUCACUUGAAUGGAUUAUUCAAAAAAAAUUUGCGCCACAAUGGAGUUCAUGGUAUAUGCUUUUUGAUCAAAGCAAUGUAGAAUCCAAUGGUGUUGCAUUAACAUUCCUAGGUCUUUAUGCAG